UGUUAAUUAAUUUAUUGACAAAGGAUGUAUAGACCUGAAUAGGAUUGUAUAGGAUCAUAGUCUAGGUGACCACGAGGUGUGAGAAGCGGAGCGCCCAGCUAUUUCACGGCAAUAUUUUUGCCAGCUGUAUGACACCAAAGACAGUAAAUCCCAAGCUCCGAGGCCAGCGUUUCCAUUUUAAUUACCGCUGUUACUGUGUGAAGCUUGUCUUUCUUUAUCUGGGAGGCGUGUGGGACCCCUCUGCCUGCAAACCUGUCGGAGCUUCUCGCCUUGCCCUGCCUCUGGUCAGCGGGCGCAGCGCAGCGCGCACCGACCCCGGCUCUGCGCGCUCCAGGGAGCGCGCCCGCGCUGUCGGGAGCGCGCAGAGACCCUCCUCCCGCUCGGGCAGCCUCUCCCCAGCCACGCGAGGAUGCUUGCCCGCAGCGAAGGCUCCUCUGCUCCCCCUCCUGGGAGGUCCCAAGUGCAGCCGCUGCCGCUCCUCGCAGAGCCGCGGGCCUGCUGGCCGGUCCGAAAGCGCAGCGCAGCCGAGCGGGAUGGGUUUUGCAGAUGAAGGCAGGAGCUGGGAGGGGGCAGAGCUCAUCCCCCAGCUGUCCGCAGAGGGCAGCCCCGCGGGGACGGACAGGCGGCUGUUCCUGCUCUGCUGCGCUGGGGAAGCUCAGAAGGCCCCUGUCCCACGCCGAGUUGCAAUCUUGCCGUGUUGCAAGCCCCUCUCACGCCGUCUGCACGCCUGGAACAAAUGUGCCCCCUUCCCUCCGGCUGCAUAUCCAGCACCAGCGCGGACUGGGUGCCCUCGCAAUCUGGCAGUGCAGCAGUGCUUCAUGCAGCAGUUCAUGUAAUCUUCACCUGACCCACACAAACCUACCUGCCUUCCACCAGCAGUGGACUGCCAUCAGUGAUGAGGGCUGCACCGUAACGCACGAAUGCAGUGUCGAUAGCACGGGGUAUUUACCGCACCAUCUAAAUGGCAUCUGACAUUUUUAAUCACACAAUUAAACAAGAAUUAAAAUAAACAGCAGUAAACCAGUAGGAUGUUGCUCUGGAAGUAGUUUUAAUGGAUUUGAAAACAAGCAAGCACUUUUUUUUUUUUCCACCAGAAGAGGCAAAACUGUAUUGAAGAAGCACUAGCAGCGUGUAAAAGUGAUCACAAUGGAGCAAAUGCUCGUGAAUGCCUCCCAACUCAUCAAUCACGCUGCCUCACAGCCCCACCACACCACUACCCCACCUUCCACGCGCUCCCAGACAGACAUCCAUCCACACGGCAUAGCAACCCAAGAUCCCUGAGUUUCUGGAAAAUAGAUUUAGCCCUAAUUUUUGUGACAGAUGGAGUUGAUAGUCUCAGGAUGAAAAAAAGCGCCAGUUUUGACAGGCAGCAGAUACCGAUGCCCCUUGUGGUCGGAGCCGCCGUUGCGCUGGAAUUAAGGUAGCACUAAAAAGAAAGGCAACGGGUAAAUUCACCAGGAUUUAUUUUGUUAUGCUCCUCUCGUUGUGCCUUAAUAUGUAUACUUUCCCGUCAACUUCCUUAAAAACAAAGCAAAGGGAGCGUAAAAGGUGGUCGAGGCGUCAGCAGGGUAGCUUUCUUUCAAUGAAAACACAUUUCAUCCUCCGAACUAGAAGAUUUCAAACAACUUUUUAUCACAAAUGACCGAAGCACUACACUGAGAUCCACCGUAUUUCUGUCACUGGCGUCUUCGUAGGUCGGUAUCCCGCACCAUGCACACCAAAUCUCGGCGGGGAGCUGAGCUGAACGUGCCUACCUACAGCCGGCGGGGGUGCGUGAGGUGGGGAGAAAGUCGCAAUACUGAAGGCACGGCAGCAGCAGUACUUACAUGGUUGCAGCACACCGCUAACACAGGCAGCUUUGCUCUCCCGCCGCGUACUAACGCACCGAAAGCAGGAGAUCCGAUCUCCGCUCGGAUUGCAGCAAGAACAAAGUCGGUCUCACCCCGAGCCAGGUCCUGCUCUGCCCUCACGUGUAUCAGGGGGAAGUUUGGGUGCACACAGCGCUCGGGCUAGAGACUCUUUUUUUUCUUUUCCCUGCUCUUGCGAGCAGCGGGUCGGGCGUUAUCCCCGCCCGAGCCGCCCGCAGACCCACGCCGCCGCCGCGGAGCGGUGCUCCGGGGAGAGCCCCAAGAGGCACCGGGAAGGUACCGGGCAGAGACCGGGCAGGGACCGGGCAGAACCCCGGGAGAGCCCCGCCGUGCCCGAUCCGCGCCGCCGCGCCGCCUUAACGGGAGGAGGGGCUCCUCGGGGGGCUGUCACUCUCCUUAAGCCUUUCCUUUCAAGCUUUGAAUGUGAGCUGCCCUCCAGCCCCCCUCUCUCCUUCCCUCCCUCCAGUAGAUCGUAAAGAGAGGAGGGAAGAGAAAAAAAAAAAAGGGGGGGGGGGGAAAGUUUCAACAACAGGCUGGACCAAUGGCAAGUCGCAAAGCUGGGAAAAGGGGCCGAGCGAAGGGAGAAAAAAGUGGAGAAAAGGAGAAAGAGAGCGAGAGAGCGCAGGCUGGGGGGGAUGUGUAAAAGAAGAAGCGUUGCUAAUUUUUUUUGUUUGUUUGCUUUUCCAUGCAUGCAUAAUGAGGCCUAAUCAGAGCACGUUGCUGCUGCUCGGAGGGCACUUUUGUAUUUAAAGCCUUGCAGAGAAAAAAAGAUCCACAGACGAAUCCGCAGAGCAGCUCGCGGGGCUUGUUGACAACAGAAGCAGCAUCAGUCGCCCAGAGAAAAAGAGACCCCGAAGCCUGCCUUCUUCCCCCGUGCUGUCUAACGGGGAGAGACAUUUCUUCUCCCUGCCACCCGCAAGUGCGACCCGCGCCGAGCGAGAGCCAGCGAGCGGAGCCGGGACCGUGAAUGGGAUCGGAGCGGCUGGCAUGUGCAGAGAUGCUGCGAGCGGAGAGAUAGAGGCUCCCGAGGAGGCGGCGGCGGCGGCGGCUGGGCAUUUAUUUUGUGCAAAAAAAAAGAGGAGGAAAAAGAGAGAGAGAGGCAGAGAGAGGGAGGAACGGCGCCGCACGAGGAGCAGGGCAGCACCAUGAGCAACCCCGGCGCAUCCUGCAAGUCCCCGAGCGCAGCCCGGAGCCGCUGCCCCCCGCGCCCCCGCUGGCACUGACUGCCCCCUCCCUCCGCUCCGGCCGCCUUCUCCGCCGCCGGUCGCCGAGCCGGGAGCAGCGGGUGGGGGGCACGGGCCGGCCCCGGGGCCGCUUCCAGCUCCGGGGGCUGCAGGGGCCCGCAGCCCGCGCGGAUGGAUUGAUGCGAGGAGGAGACCUCAUGCGCACGGUCGGCAGGAGUUUCGCAAACUUUCCCACCGGCGGCAGCUCCUUCUCCUCCUCCUCCUCCUCCCGCUCCUUCCCCUCCUCCACCACCACCACCAUCACCACCACCACCUCCUCCUCCUCCUCCUCCUCCUCCUCCUCCUCCUCCUCCUCCUCCUCCCCGUCGCCUACCAGCGCCUCUCCCCCGCGACCCCGCGGCCGCCGCCCGCGAUGGUGGCCCGCUCGCCCGCUCGGCACGGAGCCGGCGGCGGAGGGCUGCUCUGGCCGCGGCCGGCCGCCUGGCUGUGCGUGGCGGCGGCGCUGGGCGCCGUGUGUCCGCCGCGGGGCUCGCUGGUGCAGGGCCGGCGGCUGAUCUGCUGGCAGGCGGUGCUGCAGUGUCAGGGGGAGCCCGAGUGCAGCUACGCCUACAACCAGUACGCCGAGGCGUGCGCCCCGGUGCUCCUGCAGCAGCCGCCGGCUGGCGGUGGCGGCGGCGGCGGGGACGGCCCGGCGGCCGCCGCGGGCUCGCCCGCCUCCCGGCGGCGGUGCCCCAGCCACUGCAUCGCGGCCCUCAUCCAGCUCAACCACACCCGGCGCGGCCCGGCGCUGGAGGACUGCGACUGCGCGCAGGACGAGAACUGCCGCGCCACCAAGCGAGCCAUCGAGCCCUGCCUGCCCCGCACCAGCAGCGGGUCGGCGGCGCGGGGGGGCGGCGGAGGCGGCCCCGGGGGAGGCCCCGGGCCCGGCCCCGGCGGCGGCGGCGUGAUGGGCUGCACGGAGGCGCGGCGGCGCUGCGACUGGGACAGCCGGUGCAGCCAGGCGCUGAACCGCUACAUGACCUACUGCGGGAAGCUGUUCAACGGGCUGCGCUGCACGGCCGAGUGCCGCGCCGUCAUCGAGGACAUGCUGGCCGUGCCCAAGGCCGUGCUGCUCAACGACUGCGUCUGCGACGGGCUGGAGCGGCCCAUCUGCGAGUCGGUCAAGGAGAACAUGGCCCGCCUCUGCUUCGGCGCCGACACGGGCAGCAACGGCGCCGGCAGCAGCGGCGGCUCGGACGGCGGCCUGGAGGAGUACUACGACGAGGACUACGAGGAGGAGCCGAGCCAGAAGGGGAGGGACGAGGCGGAGGACAAUGCGGGCGCCGAGCCCGGCUUCCCCAUGCAGGCGGACAGCGCCGGGCGGGCCGCCGCCGCCUGGGCCCUGCUGGCCUCCAUCUUGCUGCGGCUGCUGGCCGGCCUCUAGCCGGGACCGCACGCCGAGCCGAGCCGUGCCCUCUUCCCUUCCCUUCCCUUCCCUUCCCUUCCCUUCCCCUUCCCCUUCCCUUCCCUUCCCUUCCCUUCCCUUCCCUUCCCUUCCCUUCCCUUCCCUUCCCUUCCCUUCCCUUCCC